CCUCCAGAAAACGAAGAAACACGACACUUUCAACCAGGAAAUAAAAUACAAUAUUUUAUUAAAUAUAUAUAUCUAUUUAAACUCGUUGCUUUGUUUCUUUAUUUUUUCCCCUCAGAGUUGCGAAUAGUACAUUUGUGGUAAAACAAUAGGUUUCCAAUAUGUCUGCGUCCUGUGUCAGCAUUGCAAUGUGAAGCGUACUGUAAUCUGGUUUCUCAAGAGAGCAAAGAUUAGACCAGUCAGCGGGGUUACAUUGUCAUUUUAAAUUCCCCCGUGGCCACGACUGUCCAGGACAGAUUGAAACAGUUAUAUAACUGCAGUCGUUGUAAACAAGGUGUUGUGAUUUCAAUAGAAACGCAGAUUUGCUCAAGGAAGUUUUCAUUACAGGUCGUUAACAAUAGCGCUAACAGCACUAUUCAGAUUCUGGGAUUGCGCCUGAAGGACCAUGCUAGCAAGCAGGCGGGUUGUGUUCACUUUAAAACACUUCAGAUUAAAGGCUGUGUGCAGAAAUGUCACGACGUCGUGGUCGCCGGUGGAAGCUGCUUUCAAUGCAAGGCAACACAGAAAACUGGAUCUCCUUGGGAGAAAUGUGGGUCUGUUUAGAGUGCCGGAGCUGACCUCCCCGGCAGGGUUUGAGAAAGCCCAGGAGAAAGCUCUGGAGGAAACCCAGCAGCUGGUGCAAAGAGCAUGUACCAUCUCCCCGGGACCGCAGACUGUGCAAACAUUCGACCAGCUCUCGGACAGUUUGUGCAGAGUUGCUGACUUGGCAGAUUUUGUUAAAGUGGCACACCCAGACCCUGCAUUCCGAGAAGCAGCGGAGAAAACCUGCAUAGAGAUCGGCACUGCGGUGGAGAAGCUGAACACUAAUGUAGACCUCUGUAAGAGUCUGAAGGACCUGCUGGACAACAAAGAUGUUAUGGAUUCCUUGGACCCAGAAACAAGGAGGGUGGCUGAGCUUUUUAUGUUUGAUUUUGAGAUCAGUGGAAUUCAUCUGGACAAAGACAAGCGUAAAAGGGCAGUCGACCUGAAUGUUAAACUCUUGGAUCUAAAUAAUGAGUUUCUGGUGGGCUCUCACCUCCCAAACAGAAUUGAUAAAAAAGCUUUACCAGAUCACAUACGCCACUGCUUCGCACUCGACGGAAACUACAUACAGAUCGGCGGGCUGCACGCAGACGCACCGGACGACUUGGUGCGGGAAGCUGCUUACAAGAUCUUCCUGUACCCGAACCCGGAGCAGCUGAGCUGCCUGGACGAGCUGCUGAGCUGCAGGCGUGAGCUGGCACAGCUGGUGGGGUAUCGCUCCUUUGCACACAGAGCCUUGCAGGGAACCAUGGCUAAAACCCCAGAGACUGUAAUGGAGUUUCUUGAAUUGCUGUCUGAAAAGCUUACGGACAGAGCAGCGAAGGACUUUGGCAUGAUGAGGGACAUGAAGAUGAAACUGAAUCCAGAAAAUGCAGAACUCAUGCCUUGGGAUCAUCCAUACUACAGCGGAGUCCUGCGUGCCGAGAGGUAUAACAUUGAACCCAGCCUGUACAGCCCCUUCUUCUCGCUGGGAGCCUGUAUGGAAGGAUUGAACAUGCUAUUCAGCCAGCUCCUGGGUGUGUCUUUCCAAGCCGAGCAGCCUGAGAGAGGGGAGGUGUGGUGCGAGGAUGUUCGGAAGCUGGCUGUUGUCCAUGAAUCCGAGGGAUUGCUGGGGUACAUCUACUGUGACUUCUUCCACAGGCUUGACAAACCUCACCAGGAUUGCCAUUUCACGAUCCGCGGAGGGCGAUUGAAGGAGGACGGGGAGUACCAGCUCCCCGUGGUGGUCCUCAUGCUGAGUCUGCCUCACCCGACGAAGAACUGUCCCACACUGCUGACUCCCGGCAUGAUGGAGAACCUCUUCCAUGAAAUGGGGCACGCCAUGCAUUCCAUGCUGGGCAGGACCCGCUAUCAACAUGUGACAGGAACCAGAUGCCCCACAGACUUUGCAGAGGUCCCUUCCAUUCUGAUGGAAUAUUUUGCAAGUGACUAUCGGGUGGUGAAUCAGUUUGCAAGACACUAUAAGACAGGACAGCCACUUCCCAAAAGCAUGGUUUCUCGCUUAUGCGAGUCCAAGAAAGUGUGCGCUGCUGCCGACACCCAGCUCCAGGUUUUCUAUGCAGUCCUGGAUCAGAUCUACCAUGGGCAACCCCAUCAAAGCAAAUCAACCACCGAGAUUCUUCAGGAAACCCAGGCGCUAUUUUACGGCUUGUCGUACGUUCCUAAUACAGCAUGGCAGCUCCGGUUCAGCCACCUCAUUGGAUACGGUGCCAAGUACUACUCAUACCUAAUGUCUCGGGCUGUGGCCUCUAUGGUGUGGAAACAGAGCUUCAUGAAGGAUCCCUUUGACAGGGUAAUGGGAGAGCGAUACCGCAGCGAGAUGCUGGCACAUGGUGGAGGAAAGGAACCCAUGCUCAUGGUUAAAGGCAUGCUCCAGCAGACCCCCUCGACUGCCGAAUUUGUGGAUGCCUUGGUGUCGGACUUGGACCCUGAUUUUGAAAGCUUCCUCAUGGAUUCCGAGUGAAUGGAUUUUCACGCACCCUUACCUUGAGCUGCCCUCCGUAUCAAAUGAAAUCCUUAACAAUCACGCAUUGCCCAUGGCAGGGAAGUUAGGCUUCCCACUGUCAUUCAGACUGGCCAGUACUUUCCUUUUCCACAAUUUAAAUUCAUAGAAAUAAUAAUGAUAAUUUAUAAGCGUUUCCCAUGGAACCACCGGCAUCUUUUUAAAAACGUCUGCCAUAAAAAGACUAUCAUAAUAACACUGUGCUCUGCUCUAGGACUGAGAAUUGCAAUUAACAUGUGACUAUUGUUCUACAAUAUUAGUGUUGCCUUGUCUGCAUAUGGGGGUCAAGGCAAACCUUUUCCAGUUGAGACCCUCUUAAUUGAUGUAAAUUGGUUAUUACAGCGAUGGCAAUACGACUCCUAUUGUAUAGCAGUUAGAUCCAUUCCUGGUCUUACUAGGAGUUUAAUAAGACACACCUGAGCUGGUUACCUAUAUACUGUGGCUAAUCAAGCUCAUAUUAAAACCUGUGAUGGGUGGAACUGCUGUGCAACUGGAGUCAUAUUGCCAUCCCUGUAAAAAGAAAAUUACUUCAAUUAAGAGGGUCUCAACUAGAAAAGAAUGUUAUCGCUGGCAUGGACUAGUUGGCUGGGCAGUUUAGUGAAAUGUUAUCUGAAACCUUGUUUGCAAUCUUUUCCCACAUGAGAUUGUGAAGUUUGUCACAAACAUCCAGCCAGCCAAGUGUAUGGAUAUUGAUUUCAGAGUGACCUAACCAUCUUCACACAGAGCUCAUGAAAGGUGCGGCACCUCACAGCUAGCUUGUUUCUCGUGGUAGUACAGUAGCUGCAGUGUAUGGAUAUUGAUUUCAGAGUGACCUAACCGUCUUCACACAGAGCUCAUGAAAGGUGCGGCACCUCACAGCUAGCUUGUUUCUCGUGGUAGUACAGUAGUUGCAGUGUAUGGAUAUUGAUUUCAGAGUGACCUAACCAUCUUCACACAGAGCUCAUGAAAGGUGCGGCACCUCACAGCUAGCUUGUUUCUCGUGGUAGUACAGUAGCUGCAGUGUAUGGAUAUUGAUUUCAGAGUGACCUAACCGUCUUCACACAGAGCUCAUGAAAGGUGCGGCACCUCACAGCUAGCUUGUUUCUCGUGGUAGUACAGUAGCUGCAGUGCAUGGAUAUUGAUUUCAGAGUGACCUAACCAUCUUCACACAGAGCUCAUGAAAGGUGCGGCACCUCACAGCUAGCUUGUUUCUCGUGGUAGUACAGUAGCUGCAGUGUAUGGAUAUUGAUUUCAGAGUGACCUAACCAUCUUCACACAGAGCUCAUGAAAGGUGCGGCACCUCACAGGCAGCUUGUUUCUUGCACCUUGUAUACGCCUCUCUUUUUUCACAGCUUGACCUGGUUUCUUUUUUUUUAUGAAGUUAUGGAUGACAUACCUACUCAGAACCAUCAUAACUUCAAAAGGGUCAUUGUCACAAAUGCUCUGUUGCUAUCUUGGGGAAGCUUUAUUCAAUAAAUUCGAUGUCCAGCAGUUGGUCGUCAAGGGAAACGUGUUGGUAUGAGGCCCGGAUCAAUAAUCAAAUGGCAUGUAUCUAAAGAAAGAUGAUCUCUGUUUACUCUGACCAGUAUAGUGAGUGCAGACUUGGUUUCAGGCUUUGUUUGAGUUCAUAGAUACAUAUGUGUGUUUUUUUUUAAAAGCAGAUGUGUUUCCAUUGAAAGCCAGUAAAACUGGAAGGUAUAAAUCUUACCCUGCGCACUUUGUCAUCGUGCGGUAGCCUGUGUUUUGACUUGUCAAUAAAAUAUCAGAUCUCUGUUUCAUCUGAGAUUUGACUGCAGGGGAUUAAGCAGUGUGUUUUCCAUAUGUGAAAGCUGUCAGUUCACGAUUUCUGAAUAUGUAGGGGUUUGCAUAUUCAGCGUUGUAAAUCCACGUCCUGUACACUGAAAUAAUGUCCGACUCCCUUUCAGAGUCAUUUUGAUGCAAAACAGGGACCAUAUGAAGCAUCAGGUGAUGGUAAUGUACAAUUUGUCAGUGCAGUUCAACUAGGCCCUUACCAGCCGUGGACUCACUCCUGCAGCACAUAGGGGAAGUCUCCAGUCUGCUGUUGCAUUAUGCAUUGACCUCGGCAAAGAAGUUUUGAUGACUCUGUGAUGUGGAGAGUAAUAGGACAACUGGCAUAGGUGCAGAUACCAGGACCAUGUGUGUCUACUGAAAGAGUCGUGUUCACCAGACACCUGGACAGGGAGGAUCGGCUCCUCUCCAUACAGGACCAUGUGUGUCUACUGAAAGAGUCAGGUUCAAUCCAGAUGGGCUAGAGGCCAGGAAGCCUGUAAUCUGCAUUCCUCAUUCUCAAAGCUGUAAAAACCCUUGACUGGAUGGGACCUGUAGCAAUCUGCAGAACCCAGUGUCUUAUUCAACUAUUUGUUUGCUCGCCUAGCGAACCUAUAUCUUCAAAACACGUCUACUGCACCAAUUCAGAAUGCAUGCUUUUUUUCCAGCAUUUCAAUGGAUCUAGAAUAGAAGCGUUCGUUCCUUCUCUCCUCACUCUUUGUCCAGACACUAUAAAAAUGUUAAUGUGCUGAACCUUUCUGGUUCACCAGACAAUAGCAGUCUGUACUUGAAACAGAAAUCGCUUAUUUCUGUUUCCCUUGUUUAUAUUAUUAUUAUUAUUAUUAUUAUUAUUAUUUUAUUUCUUAGCAGACGCCCUUAUCCAGGGCGACUUACAAUUGUUACAAGAUAUCACAUUAUUUUUACUUACAAUUACCCAUUUAUACAGCUGGAUUUUUACUGGAGCAAUCUAGAUAAAGUACCUUGCUCAAGGGUACAGCAGCAGUGUCCCCCACCUGGGACUGAACCCACGACCCUCCGGUCAAUAGACCAGAGCCCUAACCACUGCUCCACACUGCUCCCCUGUACACUGUAUACACUGAUUUACAAAGCAGUGUCCCAACUUGACGCACACACAUUUCUGAGCAGGCCACAUUAAAGAAAAAGACAACAAAUCUGUAUCUGAGGAAAGGACUUUGAACACAGCUCCCAAAGGAACUUGACCUUUUUUAUGUCGAGAACAAAAGACCACCAGCAUUGUUAUUCUGCCCUGACGGUUUCCAGAUGAAAUAAAUACAAGGAUACUCCUAUAAAACAAAGCCAACUGUAAAGUAGACAGGGUUUUUGUUAAGUCUUGUUUGAUUCGUUUUUGUCUUUUUUUGGAUAGUAAAAAGGAUAUCUAUUGAUGUCAAUGUAAAUAGUUCUAGUGCCAGGUAUAAACAGUAUAUACAGAGGCACAGCCCAGAGUAUGUGUUUAUUUUGAAUAUGUGUUUCUUGGUUACGGCUUUGAAAAAAAUAAAUGGCUGGAGUGUAUGGAUA